CGGACACUGCACUGGCAGAAUUGAGACCUUGUAGUCUCACAAGCCAUUCAUUAAGAAAAAAAACUAUGCACACAAGUUGAAAACCAUAAGUAUUUUUAUUCGGUGAAUAAAAAUAUUAACCUUAUUAUAAUUUGUUGCUUCGUAAUACGGUUAUAUGCAUUCCCUAAAGAUAAUAGAAAAUAUUAACCAUCAGACGUCAAGAUGCCAAUGUUAGACGGCAAAGAAAUCGAAAUAUUCUUCAGCGAAGAAGAUUUGCCAUAUGAAGAAGAAAUUUUAAGAAACCCUUUUUCUGUAAAACAUUGGCUUCGAUACAUAGAACAUAAGAAAGGAGCACCCAAACAUGAAAUUAAUAUGAUUUAUGAGAGAGCUUUGAAAGAGUUACCAGGAUCUUUCAAAUUGUGGUACAAUUACCUGAAAUUGAGAAGAUCACAGAUUCGAGGUCGCUGCAUCACUGAUCCUUGCUAUGAAGAUGUAAAUAAUUGCUUUGAACGCUCCUUAGUGUUUAUGCAUAAGAUGCCCAGAUUAUGGAUGGAUUAUUGUACAUUUUUGACUGAUCAGUAUAAAAUUACAUCAACUAGAAAAGCAUUUGAUAGUGCAUUACGAGCCUUACCAAUUACACAACACCACAGGAUUUGGCCCCUCUAUUUGAAUUUCUUAAAAAAACAUAACAUACCUGAAACAGCAGUGAGAGUAUUCAGAAGAUAUUUGAAACUUUGCCCUGAAGAUACAGAAGAAUAUAUUGACUAUCUCAUUGCUAUCAACAAGUUAGAUGAAGCAGCACUAAAAUUAGCUCAAAUUGUCAACAAUGAAAAUUUUCAAUCAAAGCAUGGAAAGUCAAACCAUCAGCUGUGGAAUGAACUGUGUGAGCUCAUAUCAAAGAAUCCAGAUUCAAUUCAUUCCCUCAAUGUAGAUGCAAUAAUCAGAGGAGGAUUGCGAAGGUAUACAGAUCAGUUAGGACAUUUAUGGAAUUCUCUUGCAGAUUACUAUGUAAGGAGUGGUUUGUUCGAAAGAGCAAGGGAUAUUUAUGAAGAAGCUAUUCAAACUGUUACCACAGUUAGAGACUUCACCCAAGUUUUUGAUGCCUAUGCACAGUUUGAGGAGCUCAGUUUGAGCAAAAAGAUGGAAGAAGUUGCAAAGAAACCAAAUCCCACUGAGGAUGAUGAUAUCGAUCUAGAGCUUAGACUGGCAAGGUUUGAAUACUUAAUGGAAAGAAGAUUGCUCCUCCUAAACUCAGUACUGUUAAGACAAAAUCCUCAUAAUGUUGCAGAAUGGCACAAAAGGGUCAAACUUUAUGAUGGAAAACCACAUGAAAUUAUUGAUACUUACACAGAAGCUGUUCAAACAGUAGAUCCCAAGUUAGCAGUGGGAAAGUUAUACACAUUGUGGGUUGGCUUUGCUCAGUUUUAUGAAAAGAAUGAUCAGAUAGAAGAUGCUAGACUCAUUUUUGAAAAAGCGACACAAGUAAAUUAUGCAAAAGUAGAUGACUUAGCUUCUGUCUGGUGCGAGUGGGCUGAAAUGGAAAUUAGGCACGAAAAUUAUGAAGAAGCCCUUAAACUAAUGCAAAGAGCUACUGUUCUGCCUAGUAGAAAAGUAGCAUAUCAUGAUGACACAGAAAUAGUACAGAUGCGUUUAUACAAAUCACUGAAAGUGUGGUCUAUGUAUGCAGAUUUGGAAGAGAGUUUUGGCACUUAUAAAUCAUGCAAAGCAGUUUAUGACCAUAUCAUUGAUUUGAAAAUAGCAACACCUCAAAUAAUAAUAAACUAUGGAUUGUUUCUAGAAGAACAUAACUACUUUGAAGAAGCUUUCAGAGCUUAUGAAAAAGGCAUUGCACUUUUCAAAUGGCCAAAUGUGUAUGACAUUUGGAACACGUAUCUAACGAAAUUUUUGAAAAGAUAUGGUGGAACUAAGCUUGAAAGAGCUAGAGAUCUGUUUGAACAAUGUCUCGAGCACUGCCCUCCUGAAUUUGCUAAAUCAAUUUUCUUAUUAUAUGCUAAACUAGAAGAGGAACAUGGUUUAGCUAGACAUGCUAUGGCAGUUUACGAACGCGCCACUACAGCAGUUCUCCCAGAGCAGAUGUUUGAAAUGUUUAACAUCUACAUCAAGAAAGCUGCAGAAAUAUAUGGAGUACCUAAAACAAGACAAAUAUAUGAAAAAGCUAUUGAAACAUUGUCUGAAGAGAAAUCUAGAGAAAUGUGUAUACGUUUUGCAGAGAUGGAAACCAAAUUGGGUGAGAUUGAUAGAGCCCGAGCCAUUUAUGGACAUUGUAGUCAAAUGUGUGAUCCAAGAAUUACUUCAGAAUUUUGGAAUACUUGGAAAGAGUUUGAAGUUAGACAUGGCAAUGAAGACACAAUGCGAGAGAUGCUUAGAAUUAAGAGAAGUGUUCAAGCAACAUACAACACACAGGUGAAUAUGAUGUCUGCUCAGAUGUUGAGCUCUGCAGCACAAGCUGCUGGCACAGUUUCAGACUUGGCACCAGGAAUGAAGGAUGGUAUGAGGAUGUUAGAAGCUAAAGCAGCUGAAAUUGCUGUCCAAAGCAAAGGAAACAUCAUGUUUGUGAGAGGAGAAACACAAGGUCUAAAAGAUAGUUCAGACAAGGUGGUUAAUCCUGAUGAGAUCGACAUUGAUGAAGAAUCGGAGAACAGUGAAGAUGAAGAAGGAGAAGUUGCCCCAGUUGAGAAGAAAGAAAUUCCUGCUGCUGUCUUUGGCGGACUGGUCCCAGAAAAAUAAUAUGGUCUUUUGAAAUCAAAACCUACUUAUAAUAAUAUGAGUGAAUUCUUACUGUAAGAUUUUAGUAGUAUACAUAGAGUACUGUUAAGUCAAUGAUACUAAUCUGAGUAAUAAAUCAACUUUUAAUUAACUUACAUUU